UGACCGAGUGACGUCGAAGCGGGACUCCAUAUUUUCUCAGCUUGAAGAAUCAUCAUCGGUCGUCGCGUCGUCCACCGGAAGACAGAACCAGACCACCCGAUGACGCUCCACCUCGAUCUCUUCACCCUCUCUCUCUCCUCCAUCCCCUUCCUCCUCUUCUUCUUCCUCCGCCUCCUCCGCCGGCGCUCCGCCUCCCGCCGCCGCCCCUCUCCCGGUGGUCCCGCCGAAACCCCAUGCCCGGAGUCCCACCCCAUCGUCGGCAACCUCGUCGGCUUCCUCCGCAACCGCCACCGCUUCCACGACUGGGUCGCCGACAUGCUGUCGCGGACCCCGUCGUCGACCCUCCGGGUCAACAGCUUCCUCGGCCUCUCCCGCGGGGUCUGCACCUCCAACCCCCUCAACCUCCAGCACCUCCUCUCCUCCAGCUUCCCCAACUACGUCAAGGGCUCCCGCUACCACGCCGUCCUCCGCGAGCUCCUCGGCGACGGCAUCUUCGCCGUCGACGGCCACCUCUGGUCCCUCCAGCGCAAGAUCGCCAGCCACGAGUUCACCACCAGGUCGCUCAAGCACUUCAUCUCGGAGACCGUCGGCCGCGAGAUCUCCGACCGCCUCCUCCCCUUCCUCUCCAGGGCCUGCGACGAGGGCAGAGUCGUCGACCUCCAGGAGGCGUUGCAGAGAUUCGCCUUCGACAACAUCUGCAGCGUCGCGUUCGGUGUCGAUCCUAACUGUUUCGCCGCGGAGGAAGCAUCGGAGGAGAUCUCCGGCCGCAAUUCGAAUUUCGUCAAGGCCUUCGACGAGGCGGUCGAGAACUGCUCGUCGCGGUUCAUGUCGCCCUUGCCUGCCCUGUGGAAAUUGAAGCGAUUCUUCAAUCUCGGGUCGGAGAAACGAUUCAGAUCGAACAUAAGAGUGAUCAACGAGUUCGCCAUGGACAUCAUCAAAUCGAAAGAGGAACAAAUCGAAUCGGCGGCGACCGGACGAGAGAACGGCGACGAGAGGAGCCGCGAUCGAGAUCUGCUGUCGAGGUUCAUGUCAUCGAGCGCCGAUCUGGAGUUCCGAAACCUGGAGGAGAAGAGGAAGUUCCUGCGAGACAUCGUCAUAAGCUUCGUUCUCGCGGGCAAGGACUCGACGUCGACGGCGUUGACCUGGUUCUUCUGGCUGAUCGCCGCGCACCCGUUGUGCGAGCGCAAAAUCCUCAAAGAACUAUCGGCGGCGACGGCGGCGUCGACCACGUCGGGGGUGAAGAUCUUCAGCUACGACGAGCUGAAGAGCCUCCACUACCUGCACGCGGCUGUGACUGAGUCCAUGCGGCUGUUCCCGCCGGUGCCGAUCAACUCGAGGUUGACGGUGGACGACGACGUGCUGCCCGACGGGACCCACGUGGGGAAGGGGUGGUUCGCCGACUACUCGGCCUACGCGAUGGGGAGGAGCGAGGAGGUGUGGGGCCCGGAGUGCAGGGAGUUCAAGCCCGGGAGGUGGUUGGAGGGCGAUGGCGGCGGCGACGGCCACGACGGCGAUCGUCAAGACGGGCGCUUUAGGCCGGCCGACCAGUGGAAGUACCCGGUGUUCCACUGUGGGCCCCGAAUGUGCCUGGGGAAGGAGAUGGCGUACGUGCAGAUGAAGUCCGUGGCAGCCGCCGUGAUGGCGGAGUUCGAGGUUUUACCGGCGGCGGACGGAGGCGAGAGAGGGAGGAGGAGGAUGGUGGACCCGCAGUACACGCUGUCGUUGGUCCUCAAGCUGAGGGGAGGAUUGCCCGUUCGGCUGAGGAGGAGGAGAGAUUAAUUAGAAGGAAGACAUUCCACGAAGACUACGAGACAUUCUAUGAUCACUUUCAAUCAUCUGUAUAUGUAUAGAUCUUAGUUUUUGUACCAUAUUUAGAUUAUUAGUUUCAACCGUGUAUAGGCUCUAUAUGUAUCAAAUUUAUGUAGUUGUUUCUAUUUUCUACAUUUUU